UGCAGCCCGGCUGCCCGGGGGCUGCCCCGUCCCUGGCAGGGGCGCCCCUUCCUUCCCACGGUCCAGCUGGGGCGUGUUGCAAGAGCCUAACCUCUUUUCUCCUCCUCCUGCCCCGAUUGCAAUGCAGAAAUCUCCUCCGGCCUUCUUUUCCAGGUUGCCGAAAGUUGCAGGAAGCUUAGGUUCCAAUGGGGAGGAAACAGAAAAAGGGGUUUUACUCCUCUUGCCAAAAAAAAAAAAUAGCAAACCAGGAAAAGCUGUGUUUGAGCAGCUGGAGCGAGUGUCAGGAAAGCUUUAGAGAGGAAGCAGGAAAUCCAUCGCAGGUCUCUCUCUCAACUUGGGCAUUUGCAAGCACUCGGAAGAAGGACGAAUAUUUGGAUUUGAAUAUUGGAUUUGAAUAUUUGGUCUGGGAAGGCAUGCCAAGCUGAUUGUGCUCUGUCUGGUGACAGCGUGGUGGGCGCAAUGGCUCAGUCUAGGUCAAAUGGAUCUCACUAUGCCCUGACUGCCAUAGGGUUGGGAAUGCUUGUCCUUGGGAUCAUAAUGGCUGUCUGGAACCUGGUCCCAGGCUUUGGCCAUGGUGAUAAGUCUCCCUCUUCUUCUGGAAACAGCAGCAAGCCAGAAUCGGGUAGUGGAGGAGGCAUGCUGAAGAGCAAGACAUUUUCAGUGGCCUAUGUAUUGGUUGGGGCUGGAGUGCUCCUUCUGUUGGUUUCCAUUUGUCUGAACAUCCGGGACAAAAAGAAACAAAGACAAAACGAGGAUCUUGGCAGGAUCCAGCACGAGGCAUCUGCUGAACCUCAGCAUCAGGAGGAUAGUCAAGAAGAGGAUGAUGAUUCACGCUCCCGAUAUUACGUCCCCAGUUACGAAGAGGUUAUGAACACUGGCUACACCGAGACAAGAGACUUGAACAGAAGCACCAGGAUCAGCAUGUCUCUACCCUCCUAUGAAUCUCUAACUGGGAUCGAUGAAAACACACAGACCUCAGCGACCGCUGCUACAGGCCCCGAAGCCAACGCGGAGCGGCAGCCAAGCAGACACAGCUCUCGCUUGAGCAAACGCCUGAAACCCCUGAAGGUUCGGAGAAUUAAGUCCGAAAAACUGCACCUAAAGGACAUCCGGGUUAACCUGCCAGACAAAAAUUCAAGUCAUAUAACGAUAGAGCCAUUGACCCCUCCUCCACAGUAUGAUGAGAUUCAGGACAAAGCUCCAGAUAGUAGACAAGGGACUUAAUAUCUAUGGACUGUCCAGGUAAAAACACUACUUGAGCUUUGAUUUCUGGGUACAAAACAGUGAAAUUUCCACAAGCUUGAAAGAGAUCAAGGAAAUGCUGGACUCUAUAUACCUCUUUUUUUUUUAGAUGGACCAAAUGAGCCUUUCAACAGAUGGUUGUUCAUGAACACUGGUGCAUCUGAUCUUCUGAAAGAAAUGAAGUUAAGAAGUACUAAAUCUAUACUCUUUAAAUUAAGGAGCACCUUGCCUGCAUCUUUUAUAGUCUCUUUCUAAGCCACUAAAGUGUUGUUGUUUGGGGUUUUUAACAAUUUUACAUGUGGUAAAGAGGGGGGGGUGGGGGGAUUAACUCUUUUUUUUUUCCCCUUUAGUUUGACAUUAUUUGUAUUUUCUUAAAUGAAAGAAAAAAAGAACAUUGUAGCUUUCUCUGCUUCCAUUAAAAAUGGAGUUGGGCUAAUGGUAGAAAGCAAGCCUACGUUUUUGCAACGUGUCAUAGUUUGCCGAGAAAUAAUCCACUGAAUGAAACGAGAACGUGAAAUCCAGCACGCAUUUAUUUAAUCGUUUUACCGUUAACCCGCGAUGCCAGUGAGGAGCUUUCUAUGUGCUGUUGGCCAAAGGGGGAGCAUCAUUUUGGGCGCUCCGGUAUGAAGGGACAGUCUGUUCAAGAUUGGCUUGUGUAAUUUCGGUCAGUUGGACGCCGCUUUAGCGUCCCACGGCAAACGUGUUCAAAAUGCUCGAAGCUAGUGUUGAGUGUGUGCUGUGCAAACAGACUUUAAAAAUAAAUAUUUUGUAUAUAGUGUGUGCAUCUGUAUGGGUUUGUAAAUGGGAACGAGUGAGCUGCUCUAACCCCGGGAUGAAUGAAAGGAAGGACGCGAUGGUUUUCUCCUGUUUCUCAGCUUGGAAAGUUGCUGUUGCCACAUUCGUGAUGCACUACGUCUCCGUUUUUAGUAAAGCCACGGGAACCAUAAAAGCAUGCAUAUCUGUGACGUCACGUGAAGAAAUAUGCGGUAAGUGCAGCUUGGACGAGGAGUUUCCUGGAUUUCAACAGACAAGUCAUAAAUCUGUUGUCUCGGUCUCUGGUAUGAGGAAGCGGACUUGGUUUGACUUUGGGCAAGCUAAUUUCCCUGAUGCCUCUUUUCCUGGAAGUGUCCUUGGCACUUCUCCCUCUGCGAAGAAACCAGUUGUUGAACAUGUUGGUAUACCAAGCCACUUAAGGGAUAGAAUAAGAUCAAGUAAUGUGGCCGCUUUGUAUGAGUGAUGCUACAGAGCAAUGCAUAUUAGGAAACUGUGUCCAGUAUGAAAUACAAUUAUUGAAUUCCGGGGGUUUCGGGGUAAAUGUGGUGUCUUUUAUUAGAUCAACUAAGUAGUUGGAAAAGUUGUUCUUUGCAAGCUUUCGGGCACAAGCACCCUUCAGGCAGAGGGGUGGAAAGGGGUAUGUUUUUGAGUGCCAAGUGAUCCUGUCUUAAUUAAUAAGAAGGCCUACUCUAGAGAAACUCAAAAUAAGAGGCUAAAUAUGAAUUGUCUGGCCUGAAGACCUGUAACUCCUACUGAUUUAAGCAUGUGGUUUUCUUUGCUGUCUUUAAUCACGGCAUGAUGUAGGGUACAAUUUCCAUAUUUCUUUUCCUUUUAAAGAGCGGAAAAGAGCUUAAAAAUUGAACAGAAAGACUGUGAUUUUCGUUGUGAUGUCUAUUGUGCACCUCUCUGCGGAGAUGCUUAACGGAUGUUGCGCCUUUAAGUAGGAUUACCGUUGCAGAGGACCCGAUUCCCUAGAUCGGCAGCGAGAGUUGUUGUACGCCAUGACUAAUACAGUUCAAGAUGGGCAGACUCUCGGUUAAGAUCUGGUGAAUCCUGUUUAGGCACGUUGCAGAUAAUCUCAGUGGUGUCUAAACAGGCUAAUGCGAGUCAUGGGACCUAAGCUGUGAAAGCAUUAGCUCUUUGCUCAGAAGUCGCUGCUCUCCUGUCUUGAGAGAGACACGUGCAUCCAUACCGCGACUCUUGUGUCCGAGCAAAAUCCCUCUGCCUUUUUCUGUUCACACAGCCUCUGCCCGUGACUAAGCAAUGUGGUGCUUAACAGGAGACGCAGCUCAUAUCUUAAAUUACAGUAGCACUUCAAUAUCAUUAAAAGCACCACAAGAAGAAAAAAAUCUGACCCUGGAUGCAGUGCCUUAUAACUUUGUGUUUCCGAUACCAAGGAUUUUUAUGAAUCCCUUCUUUCCAUGCUUCAGGGCAUCUGCUGCUCACCUGUAAAGCCCGGGAAGCAUGCAUUGCUAUCCAUUGGUUUCCCUGCCUUCCUCUGAAGCUCUGGACACUGCUCUCCAGACUCUAGGGCAGCUUCCCUACUGGAAAUGGGAUAGAUUCGCCCCUUACCAGAACAAGCUUUGGGAGCCAGUUGGCGAAGGAAAUGGGUGAAGUGCACGCACCUCAGAACGUGGGUGGUACACAUCGUGCACCUGGACUGAAUGCAUCUAUAUCGCAUACGCGUGCCCGCUUAAUUUGGAUAAUCGGUAGAGAAAACGGCUCCAAUAUAAUGCAUGUCAAUGAACGGCCGGGUCUGCCUGCUGAUUUCCAGUAGCUAUUACGCACAACUUGGUGUUUGCUAGCUCAAACUACCCCCCUGUGCAGAUCUGCUCCCUUCCCAAGUCUAUUAUAUCAAAUGAGCCAAUUGUGCCUUAAUAAAGCUUUUAAAAUGUGCUAAUGAAUGAGACAAAUUAAUGAAAUGCAGUAAACAAAUGUAAAUUGGCACAGUUGAAUCUUAUUAGCCUGUGCUAAUUAGGAGAGUCAUUUAUGUGACAUGGUUCUGUUCAUAAUUAGCACACCCAGUCAAAAGAUAGAUAUAUAUAUAAUCAUUCUGCACAGCACUGGUGCUGCAAGGCACUGGGAAUAAUGGGAAUUUUUGACUCUGGCUUCCCUAGGGACAUGACCAGCGUAGCUGGGGCCUUUGGCUGUAAUAACCAACAAAAAAGGCAAUGCCAUGGAGCCUACAGAAGUAUUCCUGCUUCACAGCAGCUCUUCUGAUGGGUUGGGUUAUAAUGCAGGUGCUAAAGAAAGACAUGCAUUUUCUAUGGGAGGUCAAGUAACGAGACAGGACAUCAAAACCAAAAUUAAUGAGCCCAAUUCUGCCCAGGGAGUUGUACUCAGACCAAGAGAUGGGGUCUUAAGCUACUAGUGUUCAUAUGCAUAUAUAUGUGAGGGGUUUUGUUGAUUUUUGUGUGUGUGUGUGUGUGUGUGUGUGUGUUUAUGUGUGUGUGUGUGUGUGUGUGUGUGUGUGUGUAAAUAUAAUAUGCUACAAGUAAACUCACAUCAAGAAUGGAGUCCCAAUUCAAACAACUGCUCUUCCACUGAGGCGGUAGACCAAAGCCCAUUCAGUUGAGGAGCUGCAGCACACCAGAUAGGUGCGAUAUAAGAGGCCGCAGGCGUGCGAGUCUAGAGGGAGCAGGGGUCAUCCAGCGUGGUUCUGUGACAAAUGUGACUAGUGCUAGAGGAGGCUCUUCGUGCUAUGUCAUGUAGCGGCAAAGUUUUAUUUUUGUCUCCUGUAAAUUUUACGUUAUUGUACAAUCGAACACACCGCGCAAAGCGACUUACCUGAUUUCCAGUGGAGAAGGACGGCCGCACCUGGGUUCUGUGAUCGCACAAACCUGGUCCUACAACACUUGGUGCGUGUGCCAUGAUGGGACUCAGCUGGCUGCAGUGGCGUGCAAGACCUGGAAGCAAUGGGAAACGGCUGUCAGCGGCGGUGCCCUUUUAAUACGCAGUCCCCUUUGUGUCAAAAUGCAUCGUGUCCCCCGACAAAGAUCCUUGUACAAUAGCUGCCUUUGUUGUCUGCAGGUUUUCUGUCUCGCUGCUUUUUUUCUCUCUUAAAACACCCUGGCUAAUGACGUUUGUACUGCCGAAAGAAAUAAUUUGAUUUUUCUUAACUGUAAGCCCUGUCUGCACUGAAUCAGAAUUUUUAACUGGAACUGAUCUGAAAUGCUCUUGCUUAAAAAAAAGUUGAUGUAGUUUCUUGGCCAGCAUUAAAGGAAGCAGAUUUGG